AGAUUUGUUACUAAAUUUAUCAGGAUGUAACAGUUUUUGCAAUUCUUUAUAUUUUUUUUGAAUUUCCGUAACAUUAACAUCGUAAGUUUUUGGAAUAUCUAUUAUAUCAAAAUAAGUUAAAUUUUCAGGUGGUUUUUGUAAAACUUUACAUUUAGAGCAAAAUAAAUCAGAUUUAUAUGUAAAAUUACAAUUCCAACAUUUUAAUGGACUAUCACUUGAAUAUUUUGAAAUAUUCAUUAAAGUUAACGAAGAAAUAUAAUUUUUAUCUACAUAGUGCGAAUAUAGAUUUUCUUGUUGCUGUAUAAAAUUUAAAUAUAAAACAUUAUAUCUUUUUAUAAGAUUAAAAAAAUUUUUUCUCAAAUACAUAUUUUUAAUACAAAUUUAUCAUAACCUUAUUGUUUAUUAAUUUCAAAAUAAAUUGAUGAUAGGUUCUUAAAUUUUCUAUUAAUAAUACAAAACUAUUAAAUAUUAUUUAAUAUUAAUUAAUAUUAUUUAAUUUUAUUAUUUAUUAAUCAAUACAUAUAUAAAAGAAUCUGAUCUAUAUAAUAAAUUGUAAAAUAUUACGUAUCAUGCUAUGUGUAGUUCGUGAUUCUUAUUGUCAAUGAGAAAAAUCUAUAUUAUUUUUUCAAUUAAAAUUUCAUUUAUAUAUUGAAAAAUAAACGCAAACAUGCCGACGUAUGAAAUGCCAUUAUUAUUACGAUUAGCAAACAAGACAGAAUAUGUAACUGUUUUAAAAGAUGUAGCAAAAUCAAUAUUUGAAACAGGUGGAAUUAUUAGAAAAAUUGAAAAUUGGGGUAUUAAGGAACUUCCAUGUAAAACAAGUGCUCAUAAUAAUAUUCAUACACAAGCAAGCCAUUUUAUGUUUUCUUUUGAUUCGCCACCAUCUCAAGUUAUUAAAAUUCAUGAAGAUUGUAGAAGAAACAGAAGUAUAAUUAGAGUACAGAUAUAUUUACAAAAUAUACCACCUAAAAAUAUAAAAUGCACAUUUGAAGAAGAAAUGUUACCUCCACCUUAUAGACCUAGUGUUCAAAAACUUUUGGAACAAGCUAAGAAACACAAACGUUAUCAAACUAAAUUCAAAUAUAAUUCUGGUCUUGAUUAUUAUCCUUUCAUGAGAUAAAAGAAUUAUUUGUUUAUUACAUAAUAUAUGUUAUUUACAAAUAAAAUGUUGAUUUGCUUAAUUGUAUAAAUAAAAACUUAGAUAAAAGUAAAGAAAAUAAAAAUUGAUAAGAGAAAA